CAAUGGAAGAAAAACAAUGUGAAGUCUUGUUUAUAAUUAUGCUUCAGAUGAGGGAGUAGACUGGUUAAUUAAAAUAACGGCGCUAGGACCCGGAAAGAACCCGUUUCCGACUCUCCUCCUCCUCCUCCUGCCGGGGAGCACGCGCGAGACGUUUGGGUCCACCGGUCACCUGCUCGAGGAGCUCGCUAUCCCUUCGUACUAGCACAGCACCGGGGAGAAAAGAGGACGGAUGUGAUAAUCACGUAGGACGCUCUUUGUCUUUGUCUUUGUCUCUGUCUCUGUCUCUGUCUCUCCGCAGCCAUGCUGUCUCGCGACUGUAGCAGCGCUACCGUCCGGCACCGAUCGAGCGUGUGCAGAACGUAGAAAUUGUCGCACGCCCGGAAUGAAAUUUAAAAACACUGUGAUAGUUGGUUGGUGAGGUUUCUGCUUCCUAAAUUUGGUUUUAUUCGGGAUUCCUGGAUUCCUUUUUUUUUUUUUUUUACGCUCGCGAAUCCCAGGAAUAUCUAACCAGACGUGACAGAUCGAGCGUGUGCAGAACGUAGAAAUUGUCGCACGCCCGGAAUGAAAUUUAAAAACACUGUGAUAGUUGGUUGGUGAGGUUUCUGCUUCCUAAAUUUGGUUUUAUUCGGGAUUCCUGGAUUCCUUUUUUUUUUUUUUUUACGCUCGCGAAUCCCAGGAAUAUCUAACCAGACGUGACAGAGCGAGCCCAUAGCAACCGAUUCCCACCGUGAAGACACAUCAGAUGUUUAUCUGGUCCAAGACCAAGUGAACGGCUUUUAUUCAUCUAUUCUAGUUAAACAUAUAAUUAUCUGACGGAGAACAAUGUCCAAGGCUACAACGUUUUAUCAUACAAUAACCUACAAUUUCUCCAUUUAACCUACAAAGAACUAGCCUAUGUGGAUAGGGAUAUGCACUAUAAGGUAGUAUAUAUUGAUAUAACGUUAGAAAAGAGCCUGCACCGUUUCUUCAGCAUCACGCUACAAUAGACUGAACAGACGAUAACGAUGGUGCACUUAAGCUACAGUAAGAUGCUGGUGUGACGUUGCUUUAUCCCUGUAUUCUCUCUGUAUGCACCACAUCGUCACUGCCCAGCCCAGCGGCAGACAGACAGACAGGCAGGCAGGCAGACAGACAGACAGACAGACAGACAGACAGACAGACAGACAGACAGACAGACAGACAGAGGAGGGCUGGACCGCUAUUGGCUACGGUAAAACCGGCAAGUAGCAUCAGCAUCGUUGUGUUAACAAGAAACCGGGAAUCGCUUGGAUUAGGCUACAUCUCCUGGUCUGCCCGGCGUAACCUACCAUAAGGGGACGUAGACUUGAUCGAUGAAGAGUCGUGAUUAUCGUUAACAGAUGGACGGUUAGGCUGCUGUCGACCACUCUCUGGAUCCCUUUUCAUUUUACCAACAUCCUGAUGAUGAGAACUUAAAUAAAAAGAUUCGGUAAAACCCGGGAGAAAGAACCGUUUGAGUCUGUGUGAAUCCCAUUAGUUGACGGUGGCCGCCAUGUCUCUGAACAAGACCAUCGAGCUGGAACAUUUCGACGAACGGGACAAGGCUCGUCGUGGCCGGUCCACGCGCUCCGCUGGCGCUUCUACCGGCGGGGGGUCUGGUUCGAGAGGUAGCAGCCUGGUGCCGAGCCCCGCGCACAGCGCCAACUGUAGCUACUACCGAACGCGCACGCUGCAGACUCUCACCUCGGAGAAGCGCGCCAAGAAGGUCAGGUUCUACCGGAACGGGGACAGGUAUUUCAAGGGGCUGGUGUAUGCGGUGUCUAACGACAGGUGCCGGUCUUACGAUGCGUUGCUGAUGGAGCUGACCCGGUCCCUGGCGGACAACCUGCACCUGCCUCAGGGCGUGCGCGCCAUCUAUACGGUGGACGGGACCAAGAAGAUCACGUCUAUGGAGGAACUGGUGGAGGGUGAGUGUUACGUGUGUGCGUCCAACGAGCCCUAUCGUAAACUGGACUACACCAAGAUCAACAACCCAAACUGGAAACCUGGUGCUACCACUGGCACCUCUACCGGUUCCUCUACCGGUCCCUCUACCGCUACCUCCACCGGGACAAGGUCAGGGUCUGGUCCAGGCCCCAGCGGCCAACAGGUGGUCAGUCAGUCGGACCUUAGAGAACAGAGAGAGAGUAAAGACUUUAUAAAGCCUAAGCUGGUCACAGUGAUCCGCAGUGGAGUGAAGCCGAGGAAAGCAGUGAGGAUCCUAUUGAACAAGAAGACGGCACAUUCCUUUGACCAGGUUCUGGAGGAUAUUACUGAAGCUAUCAAACUGGACUCUGGUGCCGUGAAGAGACUUUAUACACUGGACGGGAAGCAGGUGACCAGCCUGCAGGACUUCUUCGGUGAUGAUGAUGUGUUCAUGGCCUGUGGCCUGGAGAAGUUCCGUUACGCUCAGGAUGACUACGCCAUCACACACAGCGGGAGGGCUACCGCUGCGUUCGUCAACGAGUCUAGGGUGAAAUUGUCUCGUUCAUCCACUCCUCUGAAGCCGUCGUCCCCCAAACCUUCCAGCGUAACCACGCCCAAAACACCACCCAGAACCAAAUCACCUGGCCCAGCCAAUGAGGGGCCAGGAGUUCAGGUGGGUGUGGCUAAGUCGGCGAGGUCAUGCCCCUCCCCCACCAGCCCGGGGACCCGACGCAACCUGAAGAUUUCUCCUCAUCCAGCCUCGUCAGAUGUGAACGGAGCAGUGAACCAGACAGAUGAUCUGAGCCCUGAAGUGAAUGGGAACAGGUUGGUCUCCUCCUCCAUCAUCAAUGACAAGUACAAGGUGGGGAAGGUCAUAGGGGACGGGAACUUUGCAGUUGUUAAGGACUGUGUAGAGAGGUCGACAGGACAGGAGUUUGCUCUGAAGAUUAUCGACAAAGCUCGUUGCUGUGGGAAGGAGCACCUGAUCGAGAACGAGGUGGCGGUGUUAAGGAGGGUCAGACACCCCAGCAUUAUACAGCUGAUCGAGGUUGACGACACGCCCACAGAACUCUACCUCGUUAUGGAACUGGUCAAGGGUGGAGAUCUGUUUGAUGCCAUCACAUCUUCCACUAAAUACACAGAGAGAGAUGCCAGUGCCAUGGUCUUCAACCUGGCUGGAGCUAUCCAAUACCUACACCGUAUGAACAUAGUCCACAGAGACAUCAAACCUGAAAACCUGCUGGUGUGUGAGUACCUGGAUGGGACCAAGUCGUUGAAGCUGGGUGAUUUUGGUCUGGCUACGGUUGUAGAAGGACCCCUGUACACAGUCUGUGGAACUCCCACCUAUGUAGCUCCUGAGAUCAUCGCUGAGACCGG